AUGUUGAAUGGUCAGCUGGGCUACAUGACCGUUACUUGUUCAUCCAAAUUCAUGCAGCCAGGGAAUGAGUCCAACCAUGUUAAGUGUCAUUUCUGUGCAUCUACAGGUGGGAAGCCCACUGGAGUGCUGUGUGGAGAACCCUCGGCCCCACUGAGGAGAUGUGCUGCCCAGUCGUCCUCCAACAACCACGAAGACUCCAAGGCCGGGGUGAGAUGGCUCAACGCUGAUCUCACACACACACACACACACACACACACACACACACACACACACACACACACACACACACACACACACACACACACACACACACACACACACACACACACACACACACACACACACACACACACACACAAUCUAGAAUUUCCCAUGUUGACGAGGACUUUCACUUUGCUUUCAUGUAGUUGGCCUACUCAUUUCUGUUCUAAUAAUGUACCCUUUUCCCCCUUCAUCUCCUCUUUGAAUGGAGACAAUGACAUGGGAAAUGCUGAUAACGCUGUUGAGGUCGUUCCCACCCCAGAACAGAGGGAUGAGGCUCCCCAGCCCUCCACAGGGGCUUCCCAGCCCGCCGCAGGGAUGACGUCAGGCCGCAGGAACCCCCCAGGGGGCAAGUCCAGCCUCAUCCUGGGUUGAGGUCCUUCUCUUUCUCAGAACUCCGCCGUCCUUUUCUCUUUUUUUUAAAAGAAGAAUCUCCACCUGGUCAUCUGAGUCCAGGAAUUUCGUCCCGUCCUCUUCUCUCUCCCCGAGUCUAUUGUUUUGAUACGUUUUUUUUGAUAAUGAUGUAGGUGCAGAGGCCAAUCCUGCUCCAGAUCAGAGGGACGAGACGCUCCAGCUGUCAAGAGGGUUCUCCCAGCCUGCCGCAGGGAUGCUAUCAGGCCACAGGAACUCCCCAGAGGGCAUGUCCAGCCUCAUCCUGGGUUGAGGUCUGAUGCCUAUUUUACUGUCUGCCUUGUACAGCAAAACCUGUGGUUCAAUCAAUGUACAGGCCCCCAGUGUCUGGUCUGGAGCGCGAAGUCACAAGCUCUGCUGGUCGGCUACUGCGACGGCGGUACAUUCCCCGACAGGAUUUCCUGCACGGACUCUGCUGUGAAAUCACAAAGACCCCCCAAAAAUUCAACGGCAUUCACAAUGUGUCACACCCUGACCAUAGUUUGCUUUGUAUGUUUCUAUGUUUUGUUUGGUCAGGGUGUGAUCUGAGUGGGCAUUCUAUGUUACAUGUCUAGUUUGUCUAUUUCUAUGUUUGGCCUGAUAUGGUUCUCAAUCAGAGGCAGGUGUUAGUCAUUGUCUCUGAUUGGGAACCAUAUUUAGGUAGCCUGUUUGGUGUGGUUUUGUGGGUGAUUGUUCCUGUCUCUGUGUUUGCACCAGAUAGGACUGUUUUUGGGGUUUUCACGUUUCUUGUUUUUGUUAGUUUGUUCAUGUGAAGUGCUUUAUUAAACAUGAAUCAAAAUAA